AUGAACUACACCAAGAUCCAGCACAACAAGCCCUAUGCGGCCAUCUCCCUAUCCCUGCCGCAGCUCUCCGCCGCCUUAAAGACGGUCCUCAUCGCGGGCGGCUCCGCGGGCAUCGGCAAGGCCACCGCGCUCGCCUUCCUGCAAGCCGGCUGCGCGCGCCUCGCCCUGACCGGGCGCCGCGCCGAUGUUGUCUCCGCCACGGCGUCCGAGCUCAAGAAGCAGUAUCCCAAGGCCGAGAUCCUCGACUUCGCCGUCAACGACGCGAACGGCAUGGACGACGCCUUCGCGAGCGCCAAGGCCCGGCUCGGUGGUUCCGCCGUCGACGUCGUGGUCAACUGCACCGGGCACAUGGCCAGCCUGGCGCCCGUCGCCACGGCCGACCUCGAGGACUGGUGGCUCGGCUUCGAGGCCAACGUCAAGGGCGCGGCCGUGCUGGCGCGGGCCGUGGCCAGGCAUGCUGCCGUCGACGCCGUCGUGCUCCAGCUCGGCACCGCGGGCGUGCUGUUCCCGGCCAACGCGGCCAUGCCCAUGUCCGGGUACGCGGCGAGCAAGCUGGCCGCUAUCAAAGUCAUGGAGUUCUUCGGGGCCGAGAACCCUGAGAUGCGCGUCGUGGGCAUCCAUCCCGGCAUCGUGGGCGAGUCGGAGAUGGGGCGGAAGAUGACCAAGGAGUCUGGGAUGGAGUGGCCGAGUGACGAUAUCAAUCUCCCGGCUCAGUUCCUGGUCUGGGCUGCGAGCGAUGAGGCUGUGUUCUUGAAGAACAAGUUUGUGUUCGCUGGAUGGGAUGUCGAGGAGUUGAAGCAGAGGAAGGAUGAGAUUGCUAACACGCCGGAGUUGAUCCUUGGUCUGAACGGCUUCCCUUGA